CCCCACCUCCCCGCCGAGCACAGCGUAAGGGGCGGCGGCGGCGGGGCCGUGCCGGUGCUCCGCGGGGCGGAUGGGGCGCGGCGCUGCGCGGCGGCGUUGGCGGCGGCCUGUGGGAUGCAAGUAUGGACAUAAUAGCCUAUGAUGCUUACUCCAGUCCACCGCUUCCGAGAUAUUGAAAGGAAACCUGAAUACCUCCAGCCAGAAAAGUGUGUCCCACCUCCUAGCCACGCUUCCCUGGGAACAAUGUGGUUUAUUCGAGAUGGCUGUGGUAUUGCAUGUGCUGUCGUUACCUGGAUGCUGGUGUUUUAUGCCGACUUUGUAGUCCUCCUCGUCAUGCUAGUUCCAUCGAGAGAUUAUGUUUAUAGUGUCAUCAAUGGCACACUGUUCAACACCUUGGCUUUCCUCGCUUUGGCUUCACAUUUUCGUGCUAUGCUGACAGAUCCAGGUGCUGUACCCAAAGGUAAUGCCACAAAGGAGUUCAUCGAGAGUUUACAGCUAAAGCCAGGACAGGUGGUUUACAAGUGCCCAAAGUGUUGUAGCAUCAAACCUGACAGAGCACAUCACUGCAGUGUUUGCAAGAGGUGUAUUCGGAAAAUGGACCAUCACUGCCCGUGGGUCAAUAACUGUGUAGGAGAGAAUAACCAGAAGUACUUUGUACUGUUUACAAUGUAUAUAGCACUGAUUUCCCUGCAUGCUCUAAUCAUGGUGGGAUUUCACUUCUUGUAUUGCUUUGAAGAAGACUGGACAAAAUGCAGUUCCUUCUCUCCGCCAACUACAGUGAUUCUUCUCAUCCUCUUGUGUUUUGAGGCUCUCCUAUUCCUCAUCUUCACCUCGGUUAUGUUUGGGACCCAAGUACACUCCAUCUGCACUGAUGAAACGGGAAUAGAACAGUUGAAAAAGGAAGAGAGAAGAUGGGCUAAAAAAACAAAAUGGAUGAACAUGAAAGCAGUAUUUGGCCAUCCGUUCUCUAUAGCAUGGCUUAGCCCAUUCGCAACACCAGACCAAGGAAAAGCAGACCCGUACCAGUAUGUGGUCUGAGGAAUUCCUGACCAGCAUUUCCACUAAAAUAGAAACAUAUUACAGCACUACUGUUACAAAUUUUCCAUGAAUGUUUAAAACAAAAAGCAAAACAAACUUUUUUUAUGUCUAUUCAAUGGCUGAUAAUUGCAGAGUCAAAAAAGAAAAAGGCCCUGUAUUUCACAAUAUCAGAUAAUUCAAGAUCUCUGGCUGAAACUGCUGCUGCUUUUCUUAUUAUUUUGUUUCUUUCUCUUUUUUUCUUUUUUCUUUUCCACUUCCCCCCCCCCCCCUUCUUUUUUUAGUAUUUUAAUUUUGUUAACUUUCCUGGCAUUUGUUUCUCUCUGCUUUCUGUAUGGCAUAACUAAUGUGAAGGGGAUCCUCUUUCUCUGUUGUGCCCCACCUCUUCUGAGUAGAUUCUCAUGCUGUCCUCCUGACUGUGAUGAGCUCUUUGGAAGACAUAUGAGUGCCAACAGCCCUUCACAGAUACCUUUGGACUUCCUGAAGGAGCACAUUGCUCUUUCAUAAGUGAACUUGACCGGGGAAGCAGACACUUCACUUACUAUAAAGGUGCAAGACAAGAACACAGCACUGCAAGAGAGCCAGUUGACCUGGUGACCACAUUCAGUACUUAAAUGUUGCCAACACCAGUUCCCACCCCACCCUCCUUUUUCCUUCCAGGCACAGAACUGAUUCCAUCUUUCUGCGUUGUUUUGUCUGUUCCCUCCCUGGUGUGCAGGAAAUUGUUGCCCUCUUAGGAUAACUGUGGCAGAUUUAGAAGACUCUUUGGAUUAUUAAAUGCCUUACACUUUGCAGGAAAGAAAGAAAUCUAAUUUUCAAGUGUUUAGAAUAGCAGAAUCAUCUUGUUUGUGUGUGUUUGUCUUGGUAAUGACUUGUUAGAGCAAUGCCUGCUAAACAGUGUUAACGUGAAAAACUGACCUGAAUGCCCACAUCACUAUAAAGACUGAUAUUGAUGGGAUGUGUAGGUGUGCUGGGGUGAUGGAUUCUAUAUUCUCAGCAUUGCCCUGGUUUAGACCUUUGUAAAUCUUUUCUCAUCCUUAUGCAUACAUGUGCAGGUGUGUAAACACACACACACACAUGUAUGUGUAAAUGUUUUAAAUUGGGAAAUAGUUCUGGUAAGGAGCAUGCAUACCCUUAUGAGCUGUGUGGUGAUGGAAGUGGGAGGGACAGAAGGCAUUCCAAAACCAGGUAGAACUAACCCAUUCUUAACUACAACUGACAGCUUGUGUUCAGGCAGGAGCUUUAUUAUAUUUUUGGAUGGUGAUUCCUGUGGCCUCAUCAAAUGAAUUGCAAACAAAGGAAAAAUACAACUCAGCUGUGUCCAUGACUUCCAAGGAAUCUUUGCUUUCCUUGGUUUAAAAUAAAAUGGUAUUUUUUUUUUUUUUGUUUAGAUUGCUUCAAAGCCAUGGGGGAAGGGAGGGAAAUCAGGGAAGGAGAAAUCAAAUGGAUGUCUCAUUUUGGAAGUAAUGUGAAUGCUGCAUCUUUUCAAUCUGUCAAUGCUUCCAUAUGGAAAACAAAUGCAAUAAAACUUUUCCAAAAACUUGUUUGCUGUUCUUACUUUUUCUUCACUUCAAAUGUUGGGAAAAGCCUGUCGUGGUUUUCUGAGCUUUCACUUCUGUACAGAAACAGGCACAUGAAGGUUAACUGAGUAGUCAACUUCUAUGUUUAAAAAUGGGUUAAUCACUAGUACAUUGAUCUAUUAAUCGGUGGGUUUAUUUCACCACUUGGAAGAGGCUGUUAGUAACUGCUCGGCUGCGUAAGAGGGCUGUUCCUACAGUCCUGCUUGCUCAGCGCGGGUCAUCAGGAGUAGGUUGUGAUCUCUGCUGCAGAACUGCACAGAGAGCCACGGGCUGCACUUGCGCCUUGAUGGGAAGAGUCUGUGAAGGAAAUGUGGCCUUUCAUACAUGUUCCCUUCACGAAGGGAAGUUUAGGAAGAGUUUAGGUUUAAUCUUCUAGACUGAAAGACGUGCAGGCGGCAACUUGAACUGGUAGACAAUCCAGCCCUAAAGCUGUCUUGACGCAAAAUCAAGGCUUUAGUCAUCCAGACCAUUACAAGUGAAUGCAUCUCUGUACAGAUCAUUGCUUUAAAACUUGAUUAUGAAUUCCACUGGUGCACAUUCCAAUUUUGGUUUAUUUUAAUUACCCUUAUUCACUGUGUAGUCCGGAGGAAGGUUGGUUGUUCUGGCAUUUUGACUGUUGUGAAAAAGUAUGCAAUUACUCAGUUUUUCUUGUUCCAAACAGCUGCAGAUUCUCAAACAGCAUUAUAUAGUAUGGAUAUUUUCAGUCAAACUGGUUUCAUUUUAAGUGAAGCAUCAUCGCAGCUUGCAGAAAUGUCCAUUGGUAUCUGGUGUGUGUGUGAGUAACUGGGGGUCCUCAGUUUUACUUGCACUGUACGAGUUGGUGGUACAAUUUGAUGGAAUUUGAAUGAUGCUGAAUGCAUUUCUUACUAUGAGCAAGGCAGACUUACCCAUCUGCUCAUGGAAGGCAUUUCUUUGGGCAGGACUCCCUAAUUUCAGAUGCUAGUUCUGAUUUAACUAGCCAAAUGGCAAAAAAUUGAAGGACAAACUCAAUCAGAUGCAAGGUACUUCUUUUGCAAAGCUAAAUCAUGCUUCAAGCAGAAAAGAGUGCAGGGAACUGCUGUAGGGAAAGUCUGCCUUAACCAUGAUUCCUGCUAGCAACGCUGCUUGUGUCUUCCCCGUAACAGACAAAUUGUUACUGUGCUUUGCCUUUUCUGUUUGCUCUUUCCUGUUGGUUUCUAUCUUAAAAUAAAUUAACACAUUUCUUCUAACACGCAAGAGCUGUUCUACAGAUCGCUUCGGGGCAGGCCACGCAGCCCAGCUUCCUCCUCUGGCACUGCAGGAGCUGAUACAGAGGGCAGUAGUGGGAGAAACAGGGUAUAUCCGACAGCAUCGCAGUGGUAACAGGUCAACCUUGUCCUACUGUC